GCUUCAUAAAUAACGAUUCAUAGUGGAAUCAAGUAGAUACAAUCAUUGUCAUGUACAUUUAAUAUCUUUCUAACAUCUUUUAGAGUAAUUUGCUGGACUUUUAAGAUUAGAUUGUUUAUCUGCAGAAUAUUAAAUAAUGCUUAGUUGGGCAAAAUGAGUCAUUGCCUUUGGACAAAAUCUCAGUGUCGAUAUAUUAAUGUUCAAUAUCAGACACAGUCUAUUUCGCUGAAAUGUGCUAAUUUUCACGAGGGAGAACAUGAAGCCAAAUCUAACCUCAGCAGAUUUUAUGCAUUUUAAGUUUACUAUUCAUUAUAUUAAUUGUUGCUUAUUUUUCAGGAAAUUAUGUCUCGCUGCCUUUCAAGGAAAACUAUUCUGAUUAUUAAGUAGCAAGACUGUCUACAGUUUAGAGGUUAAUAAAUAUUCUCUACCUAGUAGUAAGGCACAUAAGGCAUCAAUAUAAUACACAUUUGAAGUAUGGAAGUCUUGAUAUCUUUUACCUUUAACAGUCAGAGUUACAUUCAAAUGAAACUUGGAACAUUGUUUUUAUUUGUUGAAGUAGUUAGUCAGCACAUGGAGAGUGCCCCUUGGAACAGUACUGAGUUGUAGCUUUCAAACGAAGUUGUAGCUGACGUAGAUGAAGAAAUAGGGAGCUGUCUUUUCCACUUUGCUGGUGGAACUGUAUUAAGUGACACAAUUAAUAGUGUACAGUGGAGCAAAGGUACAUAGCUGGAUUAAGUGAGCAAUAAAUGCUAGAAGGUGGAGCUUGGAUACAGGAGAAGCUGGAGUGUAGAGAUCAGGUGUGGGAGAAGCUGGAAGGUGCAGAUGGAGUAUGGGAGAAGCUGGUAGAUGAAGAUUGCAUGUGGGAGAAGCUGGUAGGUGAAGAUUUCAUGUGAGAGAAGCUGGAAGGUGACGAUUGAGUAUGGGAGAGGCUGGAAGGUGAAGAUUGGGCUUGGGAGAAGCUGGAAGGUGGAGAUCGCGUAUGGGAGAAGCUGGUAGAUGAAGAUAGCAUGUGGAAGAAACUGGUAGGUGAAGAUUUCAUGUGGGAGAAGCUGGAAGGUGAAGAUUGGGAGUGGCAGAAGCUGGAAGGUGGAGAUCGAGUAUGGGAGAAGCUGGAAGGUGAGGAUCAGGUAUGGAAGAAGCUGGAAAGUGAAGGCUGCAUGUAGGAGAUGCUGGAAGGUGAGGAUUGGGAGUGGAAGAAGCUGGAAGGUAAAGAUCGGGUGUGGGAGAAGCUGGAGGUUGGAGAUCAGGUACAAGAGAAGCUGAAAUGUAAAGAUCAGGUACAGGACAAACUGGAGGGUGAAGGUCAGGUGUGGGAGAAGCUGGAAUGUGGAGAUCAGGUACAGGACAAGCUGGAGCCUGGAGAUCAGGUGUGGGAGAAGCUAGAAGGUGGAGAUCAGGUACAGGACAAACUGGAGGGUGAAGGUCAGGUGAGGGAGAAGCUGGAAUGUGGAGAUCAGGUACAGGACAAACUGGAGGGUGAAGGUCAGGUGUGGGAGAAGCUGGAAUGUGGAGAUCAGGUGUGGGAGAAGCUGGAAGGUGGAGACCAGGUACAGGACAAACUGGAGCGUGGAGAUCAGGUGUGGGAGAAGCUGGAAGGUGGAGAUCAGGUACAGGACAAGCUGGAGCGUGGAGAUCAGGUGUGGGAGAAGCUGGAAGGUGGAGAUCAGGUACAGGACAAACUGGAGCGUGGAGAUCAGGUGUGGCAGAAGCUGGAAGGUGGAGAUCAGGUACAGGACAAACUGGAGGGUGAAGGUCAGGUGUGGGAGAAGCUGGAAUGUGGAGAUCAGGUGUGGGAGAAGCUGGAAUGUGGAGAUCAGGUACAGGACAAGCUGGAGCGUGGAGAUCAGGUGUGGGAGAAGCUGGAAGGUGGAGAUCAGGUACAGGACAAGCUGGAGCGUGGAGAUCAGGUGUGGGAGAAGCUGGAAGGUGGAGAUCAGGUACAGGACAAACUGGAGGGUGAAGGUCAGGUGUGGGAGAAGCUGGAAGGUGGAGACCAGGUACAGGACAAACUGGAGCGUGGAGAUCAGGUGUGGGAGAAGCUGGAAGGUGGAGACCAGGUACAGGACAAACUGGAGCGUGGAGAUCAGGUGUGGGAGAAGCUGGAAGGUGGAGACCAGGUACAGGACAAACUGGAGCGUGGAGAUCAGGUGUGGGAGAAGCUGGAAGGUGGAGAUCAGGUGUGGGAAAUUAUGUUCCAUCCAAGAAAGAUAAACAUUUGGGAACACUGAACUCAACAGAGAAGUUGUUGAAGCUAUUCUACUGGACAAAAAUAAAUUUAAAAAGUAAUGAAAUGUCAGCCUUUAUCUCAAGUGGACUGUAUUUCAAAGGGCUGGAAAGUGUUACAACUGUAUUGAACUCUAGUUAGAUUUCAUGUGGAGUAAUGUGCUCAGUUCUUGGUGUCAUACCACAUGAAAACUAUAUUCACAUGAAUGGAGAGCAUUCCAUAUUCAACUCGUAAACUUACUUACGGCCAGUUACACCACUGACAUUUAGGGCAGCAACGAAGGUCCUCCAUCUCUGUCUCUCCUUCCAGAAACCAAUUUUAUUCUUGGGCUUCCUUCAUCAAGCCAGUAGCUUCCUGCCCAUUUUCACUACUAUCAGCCUCAGUCUCAGAUGAAGGCUCAG